UAUGGGAAAAGCCUCUGAACUCAAUCCGCCGUGAAACCAAAGGUGGCCUGCUACUAGUCCAGCCAAACAGUUCCUUUCGGUUCAAUUCUGCGAGCAAAGCUCUUCGGAAUGGAAGAUCGGGAAGAUUUGAGGUCGAUACUACCGUAUUUGCCUGUGGUUCUCCGAUCGUCGACAUUGUUCUGGCCCUCGCAAGUUGUGGAAGCUCUCAAAACUCUGUCAAGUGGUCCCCAACACAGCAGAGUUGACACCGGUGAGGUUUUCUUCAUCGCCAUUUCUGAUAUCAGGCACUCCCUCUCCCUCUCUCACUCCUCCUCCUCCGAACGCCUUGCCUCCACCGCCGCCGAUGGCUACGCCCUCUUCUUUGACGACUUGAUGUCCCGUGCUGAGGCGGCGAAAUGGUUUGGAGAGGUAGUCCCAGCAAUGGCGAAUUUGCUAUUGCGGUUGCCGUCUCUGUUGGAAUCUCAUUAUGAAAAUGCAGAUGGUAAUGGCGGAAGAACUGGUCUUCGUAUCUUAGAGUCACAAGAACAAGGGAUAGUUUUCCUCUGCCAGGAAUUGAUCGGUGCUCUUCUUGCAUGCUCCUUCUUUUGUUUGUUUCCAAUCAGUAAUAGAGGUGCCAAACAUCUUCCAAUGAUCAACUUUGAUCAUUUGUUUGCGGGUCUCUAUGACAGUUAUAAUGAAAUGCGAGAGAAUAAAAUAAACUGCAUCACACACUAUUUUGAGAGGAUAUGCUCUUGUAUGCCUGUGGGUGUUGUCUCCUUUGAGCGUAAAGUACUUCCUUUGGAAAAUAGCUUUCCUUGUGUUUCUUAUCCAAAGGCUGAUUUUUGGAGCACAUCUUCUAUUCCUCUUUGUCGUUUCAAGGUUUACAGGUCUGGCCUGAUAGAAGAUCAAUCUUCUGAAGCUCUUGAAGUGGAUUUUGCUAACAAGUAUCUUGGAGGUGGUGCUCUUCACAGGGGUUGUGUACAGGAAGAGAUCCGUUUCAUGAUCAAUCCAGAAUUAAUUGCUGGCAUGCUUUUCUUGCCUUCCAUGGCAGACAAUGAGGCUAUAGAAAUUAUAGGUGCAGAAAGGUUUUCAAAUUAUACAGGGUAUGCUUCUUCAUUCCGUUUUUCUGGUGACAAUGUUGAUAAGAGGGAUUUAGAUUUAAUGGGAAGACGUAAGACGAGAAUCGUUGCGAUUGAUGCACUAUGCAGCCCAGGAAAGAGACAAUUUGGACAAGAAUGCCUUCUCCGGGAGAUUAACAAGGCGUUCUGUGGCUUUUUCGAUCAAUCUAAAUGUCAGCAGUAUCAGAGACUGUUUCAAGAUGAUAAACUUUGCAGAGAUCAGAUUGAUCAAGAUGUUAAAGGCCUCAUAGGCAUAUACAGGGAUUCUCAUUUGUUGCGCGAAGCACCAUCAACUUCAUCUGAAUCAAAUCAAGGAAUGUUUGGGGACAAACCGAUAAGGACUUCUGAACAAAACUAUAGUCAGCAUGCGGUUCAUGAAGAUAAAAUAGGCAUUGUGACGGGGAAUUGGGGCUGCGGUGCUUUUGGGGGAGACCCGGAACUUAAGGCCACAAUUCAAUGGCUUGCUGCUUCUCAGGCAUUGAGGCCUUUUAUCUCUUAUUAUGCAUUUAGUGUGGAGGCAUUAGAGACUCUUGACCAGGUUACUCAAUGGAUUCGGUCCCAUGAGUGGACAGUCGGAGAACUAUGGAAUAUGUUGGUAGAUUACUCAUCUCAGAGAUUGAAAGGAGAAACUAACCUCGGCUUUUUCAGUUGGCUCCUUCCAUCACUCUCCACGUGUGAUGCAGUGAUGUUGGAUGUUCCUCAAACUCCGAAAAUGGCACACUGGAGGAAUAUAAAUUAGGUCCUGAAGGUGUUAAUCAAGCACUUUUGGCAGGAGAAUUAUUAAAAUGGCACACUGGAGGAAUAUAAAUUAGGUCCUGAAGGUGUUAAUCAAGCACUUUUGGCAGGAGAAUUAUUCGAAAUGGAGAAACAAAUUAUGUGCAGGAACUGGAGGAAAAUAAAAUACCACUUGAAAAUGUCCGAAUUUGCUACUCCCCCUUUUCAAGAACUAGACGCACUGCUAAAGUUGUUGCAUCUGUUUUGAAUAUCCCCUUUGAAGGUCCUCAAUGUAAGAUGAUAGAAGAUCUCCAGGAGCGUUUCUUACAUCUCAUGAUAAAGUACGUAAUUUCUUCGAGGGACUAAAUACAGAUUUUACAUGAAGUGAAAGAGGCAGAUUGAUGGGCUUUCAAUCCUUGAACUUCUUUAUUCAGAGCUAUGGGCUCUUGAUGCGAAAGAUCCAUUCAUGAAGCCAGAAUGUGGAGAAAGUGUUUCAGAUGUCGUUUCUAGACUGACAAGUGCUUUGAUAACCAUUGAGUCGGAGUUUCAAGGCUGCGCAAUCUUGGUCG